AUGCUCGGGGCGCGCUGUGAGCUCCUGUCUUCUGGACCGGGCGGAAGCUUACGUACGAGGAACGUCCAGAGAUACGGCACGAUUGCGUACACUGGUAAAGUGGACGGCCUGCCAGGUGAUGGCUGGAUCGGUGUGCGACUGGACAAACCGCUGGGCAAAGGCGACGGCUCGUUCCAAGGCACGCGAUACUUUGACUGUGAGCCGCUUCAUGGAGCGAUUGUGCGACCCGAGCGAGUGCGCACGGAGGGAAAGUUUCCUGUACUGGAGACGCACGGAGAGGGUCUCACACACGUGCUGGAGGAACGGCGGAAGGAGAAGCAAUGGACAAAGAGGGACGCUGGAUUCGAGACAGCCGACGCUUUGAAGCCGUAUCGGGAACUGUCAAGUGAUGCGCUGGCAACGGCGUUCUGGGAAAAGUUUGCACAGCACGAGGACCAUGUGAGGAAGCAGGUGAUGCUGUUUCGUGAGCAGAAGCAACAACAGCUGCCGUGUAAACCGGCCGAGGAGGUGCAGCUGGACGCUCUGGUGCUCGAAGUGAACGCUUUGAGAGAUGCAGCGGCGACGGCAGCUUCACUCUAUCUGUCGCCAUAUGAUACGCGCCAAACGCAACUGAUUCUGUCGAAACUCGUGGAGAUCAUCGAUCACACCCGCGCGACAUUUGCGCCAAGAAAGAAGUUCACGUUUCGAGCUCGUGCAGCAAAGAGUGCUGAAGCCAAGCAGCCAAACGAACUAGAACGGGACGGGCGAUCUGCCGUGAUCGACGCUGCGGAUGAGCAACAGCUGCUGUUGGCAAUGCAGAAAACGAUGGAGUUUGGUGAACUUGUGCACGCGAACAAGCACAACGAGGUGAUUGUCAUUGACGAGCACAGCUUCAGUAACAAAGACGACAAGCGCCGCGACUUGAACUUCUCCCAUUUGACCAACUGUGUUGUGCUCGUACGUGUGGAGACAUCGGCUAUCCGCGGCGAUGCACUGAAGAACUGCGUCUUCUACACGGGCGCGAUUUUCGGAAGUUUGUGGCUGGAACACUGCAACGGGUGUGAGUUCUUCGUAGCGUGUCGUCAGUUGCGCGUCCAUUUGAGCUCUGCGACGACCUUCCACCUGCGCAUCUCGAGCCACCCGAUUAUCGAGAACUGCCAGCAGGUGCAGUUUGGGCCUUAUCGCUUGCAGUUCGAUGGACUCAGGGCACAGCUUGAGCGCCUAGGGUUGCAAAAGGAUUCGGGGCUCUGGGCGAAAGUGAACGAUUUCAAGUGGCAUAAGGCGCAGCAGUCUCCGAAUUGGACCCUUCGCGACCCAAGACAGCCAUUGCCAGAAAUACCUGCAGAGUUGCGGCAGCUCGUCUCGUACGAGUAG